AUGGAGCUUUUCCGAGACACAGCAUUUGGACAUAUUUUACGGUUCGUGACGGGAGGAAAGUUUCAUCAGUUGCAGUACUGCGAGGAGCAGAGCCCCGACUCAUGGCGCAGGUAUAUCAGCGAGCAGAAAUGUGCAAACACGGUGCGAUACGGCCAGGUCAAAAGGACCAAAAAGAACGCCAAUAGAAAUGAACAAGCAGAGGAAGACAAAAAAACGAAUCAAAGCGCCAGUAGUUUAGAUUCAGCCCGGACUGUAGUGCCAUGUGAGGAGGAAGAGCUUGGCAAUGCCAGCAGUACCAGCAUCGGCUCCAAAAAAGAGAGGAGCACCCAAAUCGUCGAGUUUCUACCAAAUGACCCAGAGAACUGGUCGUUGGUGAAGAAGGUAUUCGUGACGUUUCAAGUCUGCCUCUUGACAGCCGGCGUCUACAUCGGCUCGGCCAUUUACACAGCUGGAUUGACGGACGUGAUGCAAGUUUUCGGAGUCAGCCAGGUAUUCGCAUUACUGGGUCUCACGCUCUUCAUUGCUGGAUACGGUCUUGGCCCAAUGAUCUGGAGCCCCCUCUCUGAGAUCCCUCAAAUCGGCCGUAACCCUAUCUAUAUUGGUACCCUUUUCCUAUUCAUUUUACUUCAAAUACCUACAGCCAUGUCAGUCAACUUCGGUAUGCUUCUUGCCUUUCGCUUCAUCACGGGAUUCGUCGGCUCUCCUGUCCUUGCUACUGGCGGCGCAACGUUGGCAGAUAUUUGGUCGCCGAAGAAGAGAGCUUAUCCAAUCGCGUGCUGGGGUAUCGCUGCUGUAGCAGGCCCCACAUUGGGACCAGUUGUUGGCGGGUUCGCAGCCAUGGCGAAAGGCUGGAGGUGGCCCAUCUGGGAGUUGAUGUGGUUAGGCGGGUUCAUUUUCGUCUUACUCUUUUUCUGUCUCCCUGAAACAAGCUCCACAAACAUUCUAUAUCGCCGGGCCAAACGUCUCCGAAAGAUCACAGGAAACAACAGUCUUAAGAGCGAACCCGAGGUGAUGGCCGAGGGGAUGACAGGUAGGGACAUUGUCAUGAUGUGCUUGGUUCGUCCUUUUACGCUUAACUUUACGGAGCCUAUGGUUUUCCUUCUCAAUCUCUAUAUCGCCUUGAUUUAUGGUUUGUUAUACAUCUGGUUCGAGUCAUUUCCAAUCGUCUUCACCGGUAUUUAUGGCUUCAGUGCCGGGUUACAAGGAAUUGCCUUCUUGGGCAUCUUGGCCGGCGUCUUCGUCGCAAUCCCACCCUUCUUCUGGUACCUAUAUAAUUAUCUCGAGCCACAAUUUGAUGGAAAUGGGGACAUCCAGCCUGAAAAGCGACUUCCGCCCGCAUUCGUCGGCGCAUUCGCGAUUCCAGUCUGUCUCUUCUGGUUCGGCUGGUCAGCAAGACCAGAUAUUCACUGGAUUAUGCCUGUUAUUGGCUCAGCUUGGUUUAGCAUUGGCUCCACGUUUCUGUUCAAUUCAGUUCUCAACUAUCUGCCCGAUGCAUACCCGGCUUAUGCCGCUUCGGUCCUCGCAGGAAAUGACCUAUUCAGGAGUGCUUUUGGCGCCGCUUUUCCUUUAUUCGCGACUGGUAUGUACGAAAAGUUGGGUGUGAGCUGGGCUAGCUCGUUGUUGGGAUUCUUGGCUAUUAUUUUCAUCCCCAUUCCGUUUGUGUUAUACAAGGUAAUCUACAGUCUGCCCCAAUCAUUUUGA